AUGGCGGUGAACCAGAGCCACGCCGACGACGGUAGAGGGGUUGCCAUCCCUCAAGGCGAAAGUCUCUUGAAGCAGUGUUCAGAUGUGGAGCUUUCCUUCCCACAGUCACCACAGGGCUCCAACCUCUUUAGUGGUACAAAGAGGGGAACGUUGUUUCUCACUUCAUAUCGGGUGAUUUUUGUGACUUCACGCUCAGCCAGUGAUCCUAUGUUGUCUUUCAUGAUGCCGUUUGAUCUGAUGAAGAACUGCACUGUUGAACAACCAGUCUUUGGUGCAAACUACAUUAAAGGGACCAUUCAGGCAGCUCCAGAUGGUGGCUGGGAAGGACAGGCUACUUUUAAAUUAGUCUUCAAGAAAGGAGGUGCCAUCCACUUUGCCCAGUUGAUGAUGCAAGCUGCCACUGCUGCUGCUCAGGGAGUUCCACUUGGAGUUUCAAAUUAUUGGAUCAGCCCUACAGGAAUUUAUGUCAUUGGUGGGGAAGGGAGCAUGUGUACUCCAGAGGCACCUUGUCAAGUUAUUGUCUAUGGAGCACUCCCUGCGGGAUAUGGAGUACCAUCUAGGGGAUACGGAACACCAGCUCCCGGAUACGGGGUUCCACCUCCCGGAUACGGAGCCCCACUGCCGGGAUACGGUACGCCCCCUCCAGGGUACGGAGCGCCCCCUCCAGGAUACCGAGCGUCCCCUGCAAUAUAUGGAGCCCCACCUCCCGCAUAUGGAGCCCCGCCUCCUGGAUACGGAGUCCCGCCUCCAAUGUAUGGAACCCCACCUCCCAGAUACGAAGCCCCAUCUCCCGGAUAUGAAGACUCACCUGCAGGAAUUGAAGCCAGGCCUGUGGGAUAUGGAGCGGGGCAUUCCAAUCCUGGGACAGCCCAGACUUCUGGAUAUGAGGCUACUCGUCCCUCUACCUCAUCUUCUCAGACCCAUUCUCCCCCUUCUAAGAUGUAA